AUGUCGGCCACUACCGACCUCCCAAAACCACCGGCGGAUGCCUCUCAGGCCGCUCUCGACUCAGCUGUCAACCAGACUGUCAACGGUGAUGCUGCUGCUGCUGCCUCAUCUGACGAAGCUGCCACUGCCGAAGCCGCAUCAAAUACGGAUGCCAACGCCAACGAGUACCGCACCGUCUUCCAGGACGCCAGCAACUUUAACGUCAAGCACCCUCUGUACAACUCGUGGACGUUGUGGUUCGACAACCCAUCUCAGAAGGGUAUGGCUUCCGCACGCGGCUCCAAGGAUAGCUGGGGUGACGACAUGAACAAGGUGGUCGAUUUCGACAGCGUCGAAGAGUUCUGGGGCCUCUACAACAACAUCGUUCCACCCUCCGAGCUGCCGCAAAAGGCCAACUACUACCUCUUCAAGCAAGGUGUCAAGCCGGCGUGGGAGGAUCCCGCCAACACCAACGGCGGCAAAUGGAGCAUCCAGCUUCCUCGAGACAAGACGCGCGCGCAGAUUGAUCGAUUGUGGCUCUUCACCAUGCUCGCCGCCAUCGGAGAGACGCUCGAAGCACCCUUCCCCAACGGAAACCCACCUCCAAGUAGCAGCCCAGAGGAUGAGCUCGUGACGGGUGUCAUCAUGUCGGCACGUGCCAACUUCUACCGUAUCGCCAUCUGGACAAGAAAGGCAGAGGACACGGACGAGCUGGCUGCAAAGUUGCUCGACAUUGGGAAACAGUUCAAGGUCAACGUGCUCGGCUACGAUAUCGAUGCCAAGAUCGGUGCUGGGCUGACCAGCGAUGUCGAGUUCCAGAGCCACAAGGAGAGCGAGAAGAAGAAAGGCAAGAAGACCGUUGUCUAG